AUGUUAUUAGGGCCUCAGAGCUCAUCCCUGACGGCCUCUUCGACGAUAUCCGCAUAUCUGUCCCAUUCGGCCAUCACUGACAUAUCCAUCAGAGGAUGGCUGGCAUUCAUGGUCUCUGAGCCGUCGUUUUUACCGAAAUUGAAUGUCUGUUUUAACUGUGCGUUCGCUAAAUGCCAUACAUUUGACGAAAGGCUUAUAUUGAUAGCCAUUUGCGAUGAAUCGGUUGUCGGGUCACAGACUUCCGAUAUAUUGGACGAGAAGUACAGCAAAGAAUCGGGAAUUGUUGUCAAGUUAUGCCAUAAAGUAAUGGUCGGACAAGUGGUCCCUCUAAUCAAAGUGCACUCAUAUGUAGCGCUCAUUUGGUUGAGACUGUCCUCCAGUGUAGCGCUGGUGACAACGAGUGUCCGGCCGUCGGACUGUUUGGCAAUUGAGGUACGGCUGCGAGCAUUCAAAUGGGAAAACGUAUUGCUUUUGAACGCAAUGUCAAACACUUUACUCGUCGACACUUCAUCGACGGUCACAUUCAUGUCUGCCAUCGCCUCGAAAGGGAUCGGCUCUUCGAGUUUGACAUCGAUUCGUGACAUUACUGUCGGCACUAAUGCCGAGGGAGGGUAUGGAGAGGUGGGCCGAGUAGUGGCCAAACGUGUGGUCCGUUUCGCGAAACACAUUUUAUACAAACCUCGCAAUCGAUGUCUCAAUUCGUGGAUAAUUACCACAAAACUCAAACCAUUGACAAGUGUUGAGCGGCAAAGAAGUCAUUGUAUGAGAUGUCUGUCGACGAAGGAGUCGUUGAAAACGGAUCCAAAGACAUCGAAGACAACGGCAAAUACAUCACCAAAACAGAGAACUCCGGAAGAGACGACGGGACCGGUUAUGGGAAGCGCUGGAAUCGCCGGCAUUUAUAAGUGGGAUAUCCAUAAGAAGGUGAAGGCGGAGGAAUGGAUUGGUUGCUAUCACUUCCCAUAUAUCGCUCAAAUGAGAUUCGUCCAGAGGCUGAAGGUAUACGUGACUGUCUUGUGCGGUGUCUUAGUUCCGGUCAGUUAUACGUUAUAUGCGUUGGGAAUGAAGACAUUGGAGUCGUGCCAUAUGUCAACACUU